GUAUCGUCGUGUUUGAGGGAAAAAAAAAAAAAAAGAGGUAUCGUCGUGUUUGAGGGAAAAAAAAAAAAAAGGAGGUAUCGUCGUGGAGGGCAGGGGUGGGUGACUUGUGCUGCUGUUCCUUCUCAUUCCUCAAUUCAUUUGGGUCAAGUCUCCUUCUCUCUCUCUCUCAAACACAAUCUCAGCUCCCUCCCACUCUCUCCCUGUCCCAUUCCUUUCCCCUGAUUGUCUACCCAACUCCUGAGAUUAACAUCCUUGAUUGUCUACUCAACACCUGAGAUUAACAUCCUUGAUUGUCUAUUCAAUCUGUAACUUAAGCAACAUCUGUAAAAAAAAUACAAUCCAUAAGCUCCAAAUUCUAUGCUUUCACGAGAUUAGUCUAAUAUAGAUAUGGAUGAAUGACUUAUGUAUCAGACGAAGAGCAUUCCUAGUUCAACUUUGGUCCAUUCAUGCUGCUCAUUGGUUCAUGGUCAGCAUUUAGAGUGUGGUGCUAGUAAAAUGGAACCCAUUAAUGGAGGGAAUAGUCUCAACAACCCCAGUCUCGCUUCAAAGCAACGACUGCGUUGGACUCAUGAGCUUCAUGAACGCUUUGUCGAUGCUGUGGCACAACUUGGUGGGCCAGAUCGGGCCACCCCCAAGGGUGUUCUCAGAGUCAUGGGCGUGCAAGGUCUAACAAUAUACCAUGUCAAAAGCCAUUUACAGAAAUAUCGACUUGCAAAAUAUCUUCCCGACUCUUCAUCUGACGGGAAAAAAGCUGACAAGAAAGAAACUGGAGAUAUGCUGUCCAAUUUGGAUGGUUCAUCUGGAAUGCAAAUUACAGAAGCACUCAGGCUGCAGAUGGAGGUGCAAAAGCGACUGCAUGAGCAGUUGGAGGUGCAGAGACAGCUACAGUUACGCAUUGAAGCUCAAGGGAAGUACUUGAAGAAGAUAAUUGAGGAGCAACAACGACUAAGCGGAGGCCUUGGAGAGGUGCCUGGUGCAGGGGUUUCUGCCCCAGUAUCAGGUGAUAAUUUCCCAGAAUCUAACAGCAAGACUGACCCAGCAACCCCUGCUCCAACUUCAGAGUCCCCCGUUCAAAACAAAGCUGCCAAGGAGUGUGCCCCAGCCAAAAGCCAUUCUAUUGACGAAUCAUUAUCAUCUCGCCAUGAGCCAUUGACUCCAGAUUCACGUUGUAAUGUUGGUUCCCCAGCUGAGAGCCCUAAAGGUGAGAGGUCAGCGAAGAAGCUACGGGCUUGCUUGGACACAACAUAUGCAAAACCAGAGAUGAUCUUUCCUCACCAGAUACUGGAGUCAAGCUUAAACUCAUAUCCACAACCACAUUCUAUCUUCCGGACUACGGGGCACUUUAAUCCUUCAUCUGGGUUAUCUGUUGGAAGUGAAGAUGACAUAGAGAAGGUUUCGGGCAAUGAUCAUUAAUUUUGGUUGUUACACGAUGCCUGCCCUUGAUGGCUGUUAUCAUUUUUCUCUUCUGCGUAGCUUCUAAAAAUAUGUUCUCAAGCGGGUUGAAGAACCCAUUAAUGUUAGAUUUCACAGAUGAUUAGGUUCAAGGACAGCUGUUCAUUUAUUGUAAUUCCCUAUUGACUGUCAGAUGCUUAAGGCCGCUCAUCUGGAAGCGGAUAUGCAUUGUGAAUGGAGACGGGUUCUUAGGUUAACAUAUGUACAAUAGAUCUCGAUGCAUCUGUUAGACUCUGGUAAAGAAUGCUGUCAUUAAUGAUGCAUUGUAAUUUGAUGUGCAGGCUCA